AUGGACCCACAGUUCUUGGGCCUCUUAGUCGCACCUCCUGAUCCUGCCUUUGGAUUGAUGGCGGCUUUCGAUGCAGACAGCCAUCCAAAGAAAGUCUCUUUGAUCGCUGGUGCUUAUCACGACGAGGAGGGACAGCCGCAUCGCUGGCUCACCCACUUGAUCGACCUGGCGAGAUCGUUAACUUUCGGCUCGGAUAUAACUAACCGGUUAUCGUCAAAUGUUGCCAGUCUACAGACUGUCUCCGGUACGGGUGCUAAUCACCUUGCCGCUGCGUUUCUGUCGAAGCAGCUCCAGCCCAAACGAGUCUUCAUCCCGGGUCCUACAUGUCGACCUCGAGGCAAUGCUAUCCUUCGUCGACGCUACGGCCGAACCGAACGACAUCAUCAUCCUCAGCCAUGCGCCCACAACCCCACCGGCAUGGACCUUACAAAAUCCCAGUGGAUCGAGGUAGCGGAACUAGUUAAGGAAAAGCACCUCUUCCCCGUCUUCGACAGCGCCUACCAAGGGUUCGCGACGCGGGACGUUGACGGAGACGCGUGGGCUAUCCGCUACUUUAGCGAGCGGAUACUCUCCGACGCGGACUCGAAGUUUCCCGGAGUAUGUGUCGCGCAAUCCUUCUCGAACAACUUCGGGCUGUAUGGUGAACGCGUCGGCGCUUUGCAUUUGGUUGUUCCCCGGGGCCUGUCUGCAGAAGAAGCCAAAUCCCAGUUGACCCUCAUGGCGAGAGGGGAGUACUGGAAUCCGCCCUAG